AUGGGACCUUCUGGAACUACAGAAUUAACAAAAUUAGACAAUUCAACAAAUCAAAUCUCAACCAAAGAUUUUCAGUCAGAAUCAACAACGCCAGCUACACUCAACACCAGUGAAACAUCUGGAACCAAUAGCCCAGUGAACACCAACAACACACCAUCCAGAGCCAACACCAAACCUACUGCCUACCCUCCACUUGAGGCCAAACCCAGCCCCGGCUCUUACUGUCUGUUUGAGAAGAAUGAGGGAACCAUCCUGCUGAUGGUGACAGGUGGCCUGGUGGUCCUGUGUACCAUCCUGCUGGUUUCCACCGUGGUGCUGUCAUGCCAGGUGUGCCACCUGAAGCGCCGGCCCCGCAUCAGCAGCCGCCCCCCCCGCAGCAAUGUAGACCUGGUGAGUGGUGCUGCGUACUUGGGCAUUGGCCAGAGGACCAAGGAGAGGCCUGACUCUGAGCCCAGUGAGACCAGCCUGAUGAUGGCAGAGCUCAAACAGACCCAGGAGGGGGAGAGGGGCAAGGAAGACAAGGAGCAAGGGAAAAAUGAGAUGGCGAAAGACACACCCAAGAAGGACGAGAAGAAGGAAGCGACGGAAAACGGGGUGUCAGGAGCUGCAAACCCUAGCCAGGGGAGCCCAGUCACCACCACCACCAAGCAGCCUGCAGAGCCCUCUGACCCCGCAGCCACAGCAGUCUCUCCCCCCUCCCAAGCCUCCAGUGAUGUUGUUGUGGUUGUGGGGUGAGGGUUCUCACAUGGUGACGACCUCCUCAGACUCUGGCCCAGAAACAAGCUCAAACCACUGGCCAAACUGUCCUCAGCUGCAUACCGAUGGGUACAGCACAGUUUUAUACAACAGCUUCUAUUGGCAUGCUGUAAAGAGAUCUGCUUAGAGUGAUUUAGUGUGGUUUUUCAAUGCUAGAGUAGCUUUGUAUUUUAUGCUUGCAUUCUCAUUCAAAACUUGAGAAAUAAUUACCAUUAUGAUAAUGUCUCUUCAAAUGAAUGUACCACAAGAAGUUGAAUAUAAUGUGAAUGUUUAAUAUUUGUAUAAUUUUUUUUUUUUGUGUAACAAAAAUAGUUUAGUUAAAACGUAUAGCCAUCAUCAGUGUCACUGAUCAGAGGAAAUGACUCCUGUUUUGUCUAGUGGUUGUAUCACAGCUUGCUGACAUUUCCCUCACUUCUCCUUUUUUAGAUAUUCAAAAUUCUGAAAAAUUACAAAACAGAACCAACCAGCACUAAACUGUAGUAUCAGUUUAAGUAAAGAGACUGCAUUUAGAGGAACAGUUUUUAAGCCACAAACCUCUUCCAGAAACGCUCUCACAAUGUUUUACUACAAGUCGACAUCACUUCCUUGGUCUUUUCUCUACAGUAAGGAAGAGUUCAAACUUUUCUACUCUAGCGCCAUCUGCCCUUCUGUUUCCAAGGCUUUGUAUACAACAAUAAAGAAUUAGGACACUCUGUAAAUUGCUUCCUGAGUGUUUCUCUGCUACAGAGACAGCUAAUUGUGUGCGAGUGUUUUUGUGCGAGUGUGCAUGUGGAUCAAUUACAGAGAAAGGGAGAGAGAGGCUGGGCAUUAGUAAGCAGAGUCUGUGUCUGUUGGGCAGUACCACUGAGCUUGGGAAGAAUGCCCUGUUUUCACUGACCAGAGAAGGGAAAUACAACAAAGCAGCAUAACACCACAUUCAAGACUGCCGCACCGCCACCGAUCCGUUUUAUGUUCCCAGGCUCUUUCUCAGAUAUGUAUUAAUCUACUUAUGGCUGACAACAUGAUGAAAAAGUGUGGAUUUAUUGCAUGUCAUGCCUAAAUGGGUUGUCCGUGAAUUGGGCAUAAUACUGACUACUAACAACAACUUCAAUCCAAAAUCAACUGUUUCUCAUUACCACAAUAUGUACGGGUACAUAACUAUUAUAGCAAAAUAUGAAGAACAUUUUCGUUUUAUAAAAUAAAUUCCCCUCCAUGGUGCAGUGAGUCAGUGGAUUUUCAUUGACAGUCCUAGCUAAAUCCAGAGAUACGGAAAGAGGACGGUGUGGGGAGAGAGAGAUGGAAGAUAUUUAUUUGAAUGAUAGAGAUGAUGAAACAUUGGAGUCAGUAGUCCCCUGCUCCUCAGUCAUCAGUAGCUAUGGGCCGCACUGCAUCUCUACUCCUCUCCUACACCCCUCCCAAUUUCCCCUCAAACUCACUCCCUCCCUCCCUCUCUCCCUCCCUCUCUCCCUCCCUAACACACACACUCUUCACAGUGUGAAUGCAGAGCCUACAGUGGCUGCUCAAGCAGUAGGAGUUUAUACCGUUUAAUGCUACCUGCAUCACUGGACCUAAAGGACAGACUAAGAGACAGAUACUCCUAAUGGUCCAUCCUCCAGAGAAAAAAAGAGGGAUCAAGGACAAAACCAGGGAAAAGAACCGCCUCAGGAGGUAGGAAAGGAAAAGCAAGAGGCCGUUAAAAACAGUGAAUGAGCAAAAAACCAUUAAACCCUAGAAAAUCCCUCUUCAGCAAAGCAGCUGCUACUCCAGUGUUUUAGGAGACAAAGGAUAGAGAGCAGCCUUUGGCUGAGGACCAGAGGAGAGAAGUGACUGGAAUGCAAAGAUGAGGAAAAGGUGAGUGUCUCUAUUCUCUCUCACACACAUUUACGCAUGACAUACACACACACACACACACACACACACACACACACACACACACACACACGCACACGCACACGCACACGCACACACCCCGAUGGAAUCCAAGAAAAGACAAGAAAGCAACAAUGCACACACACAAACAUACAUGACUAUGGUGCUACAGUAAUUUAAUCUUUGCACUGCUCCCUGUGCAUAAUUUCUCUGACUCCGCUUGCUGCGGGACUGGCCGGUGUACUCUCCUUAGUCAUGAAUAAAAACCAAUCUAUUCAGCCCGUUCUAGUAGGAACAACUCCCUGCUCAAUAGCUGACACUCACUGAUUGGGCUAUAUCGAACAGGCUAAUUAACAUCAGUGAAAUGGGACAGUAGGGAAUUCACACCUCUAGUGAUGUACAACCAUCUUUUAAAAGGUAUCCUCUACAGACUAAUAGCCCGAGCCAAUCAGAACAUCCUCUUCAAAACAGACUACAAGCCAUUCUAGUCAAAGCAUCACACUGCCCACUAGUUCGUUGCUAGGGAGGUUGGGGGAACUCCCUUCCUAAAUAAAUAAGCUGUAGGAGUUAAAGCCAAAUGUUUAAACCCUACUCACAUACUGUAUUGUAUGCAUGAGCAUGCUGGAGAAGGCAUGUCUGCAGCACUGUGACAAGCGUAUAUCUACACACGCUGCUUGAUAACUAUACCUGCAUAUUUAUGGAGGUCACGUUCACACAUGUGCAGGUAUGUGUGCAGGUGUGUGUGUGUGUACUGCGGUCAUGAGCCAGAUGUUAGGGCGCCUCCAUGAGAGAGAGAGGGCGAGAGUGGAACAGAAUGGGAGAGAAUGAGAUCUUAACUGUUGUCUCUGGUGUGUUCAGCACAGCUCACUGCAGUAACACAGCCUCUCCUCCACUACUGGUGCAGAGAGGAUAGUCUCAAUCUGCAUCUCAUUCAUUCACUGUGCUCUUUGUCUACUACCUAUGUGGACUAUACGGUUUUACUAACACAUGCUACUGCUUUGAUAUGUAGCCCAGCUAAUACAGUGAGCUUGCUAUCAUGUUUCUAACUCAUUUCUCCUGGUGUUUCAAGGCGUGUGCUACUGAUGCCCCCCAGUGUCCUUCCCCACUGUGUGGCCGUGCUAUGGCUGUUGAUGCUGCUGGGUCUACAGGCCCUGGCUGUCUGCCCCCCCAUGUGCACCUGUAACCGCAGCCACAGGGAAGUGGACUGUUCCUGGAGGGACCUGAGGACACUGCCCCUGGGCCUGCAGCACAACCUGCACUCCCUCAACCUAUCUCACAACCGCAUCCACGACCUGGACGGCCAGCUGAGUACCUUCGCCCACCUCCGCACCCUGGACCUGUCCUACAACAGGCUGGUCCGCCUGCCCACCGCGCUGCCCAGAGCCCUGUGGGAGCUCCACACCGCAGCCAACCGCAUCCACCUGCUGGACAAAAAUGACACGGCCUACCAGUGGAACCUGCGGGUCCUGGACAUGUCCAAUAACAAGCUGGAGCGGGCCGUGUUCAUCAACAACACCCUGACCAGCCUGCGCCUGCUCAACCUCAGCCACAACCGCUUCUGGACCGUGCCAACCAACAUGCCUGCCAGCCUGGAGACCGUGGACCUUUCCCACAACUCCCUGGUGCAGAUGCUGCCUGGCACUCUGAACCGGCUGUUUAGGCUGACCACCUUCUACCUGCACUCCAACCGCUUCUCCUCUGUGGGCCCCGGGGCCUUCAGCCAGCUGGGCAGGCUGAGGCUCCUCUCCCUGGGGGACAACCCCUGGGCCUGUGAGCACCAGACCAACAUCACCCACUUGCUGGCCUGGCUCAAGCACACCUCCACCCGCGUGCUGGGAUGCCCCUGCCACAUUCACCCUGUCUGUGGAGAGCCCCCACUGGCCAGGACUGGAGGGUGGCACUUUGCCUCCUACACUCAGCCUCCCCUGGCUGCUGGUACUCAGGAGGAGCUGAGCCACCCUCCUCCUCCAGAGGCCCUCACCAGGUGGCCUUGGUACCUGUCCAAGUCUGCCCUGCUCAACACCCAGCUCCACACCAGGAGAGCCCCAGGACGCCCCAGUGGAUCAGAGGACCACAACCUCUUCACAGACCAAUACCCGUUCACCUCCACCCCUCUAGCCAUUUCCACCCUGCCCACUGACAGCUCCCACACAGACCGUAGCUUGACAACCACAGACGACCCCUUCCUAACAGACACUGCAUUUACUACUGACAGCUUCUACACCACAGACAUAGCCUUCACCACUGACAACCCCUCUACCAUCACAAGGAGAACGGCCACCCUCCGCACCAGGAGUGUCAAGAGGCCUAACCAGGGUGGCACCCCGGUACGCAACACCAGCCCAGCCCCCAGCCCCAGUUCUACUCUCCCACUACUACUGAACCUGUGGUUCUUCCUGACUCACACCCGGUAUGUCCUCUGAUUGAAGGAAGGAAAUGUCUGGAGUUGAAGGAAAUGUCUGGAGUUGGAGUAAUGUCCUUGUCACACUUUGGACAUACAAUUGCACAAACACACACAAAUGAGUGUCAUUAAACCAACUUUGUUUUCUUUCCAUUUUGAAUACUGUCAGACACUUACUCAAAUGGACUCUCUUCUGCAUUACUUUGAUCAAUAACAAUAUACUGUAUGACAAGCACAGGCAGGAUCCACGUACAUAUAACACUACUAGUCUACCACUGUAUAUACAUGAUCAUUAUUGGGAUGCUGAACAAAUGCUUUAGUACUCACUAUCUGCAUAACUCUGUUUUCAUCAUUCACUUUUAAUACUUAACGGCCCAAUGCAGCCGUUUUUAUCUCAAUAUCAAAUCAUUUCUGGAUAAUAAUUAAGUACCUUACUGUGAUUGUUCUAAAUUAAAAUGUUCAAAAAUAAACCAAAAUAGCUUCUUAGCAAAGAGCAAUUUCUCAAGCAAGAAUUUUGCUAGGACUGUCUGGGAGUGGUCUGAGUGGGGAGGGGAAAACUAAAAACUAGCUGUUAUUUACCGCCAGGUGAUGUCACCAUGGAAGGCCAAAACUCCAUCCCACCAAAACAGGCUGAAAUUUCAAACUGCAAACUUAAUGUGUAAAUAUUUGUAUGAACAUAACAAGAUUCAACAACUGAGACAUAAACUGAACAAGAUCCAAAGACAUGUGACUAACAGAAAUGGAAUAACGUGUCCCUAAACAAAGGGGGGGUCAAAAUCAAAAGUAACAGUCAGUAUCUGGUGUGGCCACCAGCUGCAUUAAGUACUGCAGUGCAUCUCCUCCUCAUGGACUUCACCAGAUGUGCCAGUUCUUGCUGUGAGAUGUUACCCCACUCUUCCACCAAGGCACCUGCAAGUUCCCUGACAUUUCUGGGGGGAAUGGCCCUAGCCUUCACCCUCCGAUCCAACAGGUCCCAGACGUGCUCAAUGGGAUUGAGAUCCGGGCUCUUCGCUGGCCAUGGCAGAACACUGACAUUCCUGUCUUGCAGGAAAUCACGCACAGAACGAGCAGUAUGGCUGGUGGCAUUGUCAUGCUGGAGGGUCAUGUCAGGAUGAGCCUGCAGGAAGGGUACCACAUGAGGGAGGAGGAUGUCUUCCCUGUAACGCACAGCGUUGAGAUUGCCUGCAAUGACAACAAGCUCAGUCCGAUGAUGCUGUGACACACCGCCCCAGACCAUGACGGACCCUCCAACUCCAAAUCGAUCCCGCUCCAGAGUACAGGCCUCGGUGUAACGCUCAUUCCUUCGACGAUAAACACGAAUCCGACCAUCACCCCUGGUGAGACAAAACCGCGACUUGUCAGUGAAGAGCACUUUUUGCCAGUCCUGUCUGGUCCAGCGAUGGUGGGUUUGUGCCCAUAGGCGACAUUGUUGCUGGUGAUGUCUGGUGAGGACCUGCCUUACAACAGGCCUCUCAGUCCAGCCUCUCUCAGCCUAUUGCGGACAGUCUGAGCACUGAUGGAGGGAUUGUGCGUUCCUGGUGUAACUCAGGCAGUUGUUGUUGCCAUCCUGUACCUGUCCCGCAGAUGUGAUGUUCGGAUGUACCGAUCCUGUGCAGGUGUUGUUACACGUGGUCUGCCACUGCGAGGACGAUCAGCUGUCCGUCCUGUCUCUCUGUAGCGCUGUCUUAGGCGUCUCACAGUACGGACAUUGCAAUUUAUUGCCCUGGCCACAUCUGCAGUCCUCAUGCCUCCUUGCAGCAUGCCUAAGGCACAUUCACGCAGAUGAGCAGGGACCCUGGGCAUCUUUCUUUUGGUGUUUUUCAGAGUCAGUAGAAAUGCCUCUUUAGUGUCCUUUUCAUAACUGUGACCUUAAUUACCUACCGUCUGUAAGCUGUUAGUGUCUUAUCGACCGUUCCACAGGUGCAUGUUCAUUAAUUGUUUAUGGUUCAUUGAACAAGCAUGGGAAACAGUGUUUAAACCCUUUACAAUGAAGAUCUGUGAAGUUAUUUGGAUUUUUACGAAUUAUCUUUGAAAGACAGGGUCCUGAAAAAGGGACAUUUCUUUUUUUGCUGAGUUUAUAUAUAAAACACAGGAAAAUCAAUUGUUUGACUUCACUGGGCCUUUAACCUGUUUCUUAACCAGAUUCUUUCCAGGGGAGAAUGACUGCCCCCUCUCAUUGAAGCCAUGGGAGUUCAAGGCAGACAGUGGUACUGCAGGUAAUGACUGGAGCGGAAUUAGCGGAAUGGUAUCAAAUACAUCAAACACAUGGUUUCCAGGUGUUUGAUGCCAUUCCAUUUGCUCCGUUAUUAUGAGCCGUCCUCCCCUCAGCAGCCUCCUGUGCUGCAGGCAUUGUUAGCAGAAAACAGGAUCCCCCAUUAUAGUGAAUGGAAAAAUUGCCAUCUUCGUGGUCAAUCUUUGUGUAAAUAAAAAACACUUACGAGCACAAACAUGGUUCCAGUAAUUGCUUCUAAUACACCAGAUGUAGGUCCUUGAACCGAUUAUUUAAAAAUCGCACACAGAAGUUAUAAGGAUAAUUUAUUUGCUAAUGGCAGCCUGCAGUACCCUGGUCGGCCUUCAAUUCAACUUGAGUUACUCAAUGAGGGGGCAGCACUGUGCUAGCCUGCAAAGUCACUUCCUGGAGUAGCUUAAACUGCGCUACUGAGUCUUCACAUAGGAAUGAAUAGUGCCAUGUGAUCGAUGGCUUUGUCCAUUCACAUACACUACCAGUCAAAAGUUGACACACCUACUCAUUCAAGGGUUUUUCUUAAUUUUAAAAUUGUUUUACAUUGUAGAAUAAUAGUGAGACAUCAAAACUAUGAAAUAACACAUAUGGAAUCAUGUAGUAACCAAAAAGGUGUUAAACAAAUCCAAAUAUAUUUGAGAUUUGAGAUUCUUCAAAGUAGCUACCCUUUGCCUUGAUGACAGCUUUGCACACUCUUGGCAUUCUCUCAACCAGCUUCAUGAGGUAGUCACCUGGAAUGCAUUUCAAUUAACAGGUGUGCCUUCUUAAAAGUUAAUUUGUGGAAUGUAUUUAUUUCUUAAUGUGUUUGAGCCAAUCAGUUGUGUUGCCAUAUUGUGGCAAUAACAGCUCAAAUAAGCAAAGAGAAAUGACAGUCCAUCAUUACUUUAAGACAUGAAGGUCAAUCAAUACGGAACAUUUCAAGAACUUUUAACGUUUUUCAAGUGCAGUCGCAAAAACCAUCAAGCGCUAUGAUGAAACUGGCUCUCAUGAGGACCGCCACAGGAAUGGAAGACCCAGAGUUACCUCUGCUGCAGAGGAUAAGUUCAUUAGAGUUACCAGCCUCAGAAAUUGCAGCCCAAAUAAAUGCUUCACAGAGUUCAAGUCACAGACACAUCUCAACAUCAACUGUUCAGAGGGGACUGUGUGAAUCAGGCCUUCAUGGUCGAAUUGCUGCAAAGAAACCACUACUAAAGGACACCAAUAAGAAGAAGAGCCAAGAAACACGAGCAAUGGACAUUAGACCGGGAAAGAUGUCCUUUGGUCUAGAAUCCAAAUUUGAGUUUUUUGGUUCAAACCGGCGUGUCUUUGUGAGACGCGGUGUGGGUGAACGGAUGAUCUCCGCAUGUGUAUUUCACACCGUAAAGCAUGGAGGAGGAGGUUUUAUGGUGUGGGGGUGCUUUGCUGGUGACACUGUCUGUGAUUUAUUUAGAAUUCAAGGCACACUUAACCAGCAUGGCUACCACAGCAUUCUGCAGCGAUACGCCAUCCCAUCUGAUUUGGGCUUAGUGGGACUAUCAUUUGUUUUUCAACAGGACAAUAACCCAACACACCUCCAGGCUGUGUAACUGCUAUUUUACCAAGAAUGAGAGUGAUGGAGUGCUGCAUCAGAUGACCUGGCCUCCAAAAUCCCCCGACCUCAACCCAAUUGAGAUGGUUUGCUAUGAGUCGGACGGCAGAGUGAAGGAAAAGUAGUUGGUUGAGAGAAUGCCAAGAGUAUGCAAAGCUGUCAUCAUGGCAAGGGGUGGCUAUUUGAAGAAUCUCAAAUAUAAAAUAUGUUUUGAUUAGUUUAACACUUUUUUGGUUACUACAUGAUUCCAUAUGUGUUAUUUCAUAGUUUUUAUGUCUUCACUAUUAUUCUACAAUGUAAAAAAUAGUAAAAAUAAAGAACAACCCUUGAAUGAGUAGGUGUGUCCAAACUUUUGACUGGUACUGUAUAUACAGUCAUUGGUUCUUUCACAACAAUUUAGAGGCUAUGACCUUGACUCAGCAGCAGGUGGCACCAUACUGUACCUAUAAGUUUCCUACUGGCACCACAGUGGGCUACAUCACUCAAUCACAUCCACAAAUACUUGUUUGUGUGUGAGUGAGUGAGUGAGUGAGUGAGUGAGUGAGUGAGUGAGUGAGUGAGUGAGUGAGUGAGUGAGUGAGUGAGUGAGUGAGUGAGUGAGUGAGUGAGUGAGUGAGUGAGUGAGUGAGUGAGUGAGUGAGUGAGUGAGUGAGUGAGAGAGAGAGAGAGAGAGAGAGAGAGAGAGAGAGAGAGAGAGAGAGAGAGAGAGUUCAUGGUGUUUUGUGAUUUUCCAUGGGUAAGGCUAAACAGAAACACUGCUCCCCCCCUUUGAGGUGAACUGCCAAUGCCAACAGUCAACUAUAAUGAUGUCAUUAGCCAGGUGCAAUAAAAUACCUCCUCCCAAACUGUUGGUUCAUCUACAAUCAUCACCACUGAAGCUGAGAGACUUUACCUCAUAAUAACAGGUAAGUGGAAGAUCUUUGAAUGGUGCUGGUGGUCCUGUUGUUGUUAUAAUUGGUGAGAUGUUUAUUGAGAUCAAUUUGCUGGCAUUCAUCAAUCAAGUCAGUUUACUAAGAUGAACUUAGAAUGUACAGUGACCUUAAUGCAAUACAGCUUCAAUAUGGAAACAACUCAUGAGAAAUUUACUAGACUUACAAAUUAAAGAGCGUAAAAAAUGCUGAUCUACUUGGCAUGCUUGGUGACUGACAUGUUGGUUGUCUUAUUUCUACAUUGGCAGUUUGACCACAGAAAGAGAAUGCAUUUUCAUAGUGGUGUGCUGCAUAUGGUUGUGAUGGCCAGUUUCUUGCUGGCUCAACAUGGGAUUGUGAUGAACACCAACCCCACCAACAGUACCCCUUUCGUCACCAACGGCACCAACUCCUCUCCCCCACACUCCUCUCUGUGGGGGCUUGGCCCCAUGCUCCUGGCUCUGUCCUCCACAAUCCUGCAGCAGCUAGCUACUUUCUGA